UUCAAUGCUUCAACAUUCGGAGCACUGGCUGACUUGCUCUAGCAAACAAUUUUGUAACAUUUGUUGCAGUUUUCUCAGUAUAGGUACAUGUUUGUGAUGUAUGGUGCAUCUAUAAGUAUUAAAGGCUUCAUGAGAAAGUAAAUUCGAUUGAAUAUACUCACUUCUUAUUUGAUAAAUAAAUAAAGAAAAGCGAUGUGUGCAGUGCAGCUAUCGUACUCUUAAUCAUGUACAGUGUAUGGGUUCACUAUAGUGUCUAUUGUAGUGUAUACCUAUAGGUAUGUUGAAAAAUGCCAGCAGUUCGCAAGUCCAUUUCAAGUUAUUCCGAGGGAGAAGGCGUAGACACAACGGACUCCCUGGAGAUAAAGCCGCCCCAGGCGGUGGUGCGCCAUCGAAAGGCGACAUCCUCCCAUCGGCGGAACAAGCACUCGGACCGUAGCAGAGAGGACAAGGAGCGCAGCGUCAAGUUAUCGUCAUCGUCAUCGUCGACGUCGAGACAUCACGGGGAAAGAGAUGACACCAGUAGAUAUGUUCGAGACAGUGGAGGCACGAAACACAGCAAGCAUCGAAGGCACGGGGAGAUCGAGGAGAAGACCAGGAGGUCAGAUCCUUCCAAGCGAGAGCGAGAGCCCACCAGGCACGAGAGAAAAGAGCGAAGUACAGGAGACAGGGUCCUCGAGGAUCUAAGGGAAAGAUUACUGGAUAAACGUCGGGAAAGACGCGAGGACAUGCAAGACUACAAAAUGGAAUCGUCGUCUUCUUCAUCACGCCGUGGUGACUCAUCACGAGACUCUCGGGGAGGUGAGAGGCGCGAAGUACGUGUAGAGGAUUUACGCGAGCGGCGAGAAAUUAGGAUGGCAGCCGAAGAGUCAAUGAACCGUGAAUCGCAACGAGAUCGUCGGGAGAUAAGGAUGGAGGAUCAACGCAGUAAUCGACAUAUGCGAAUGGAGCAAGACAGUUAUCCUGACGUUGAGAUAGUGGAAUCAAAUCAGAGGAUAUCUUCUGGACGCGAAAAGAGGCACAAACGGUCGCAUAAGCACGAGAGGACGAGAGAUCGCGAGCGGGAAAAAAUGGAGAAAGAAAUAGUACAUCGAGAAAAGCACGCUCGAGAUUAUCAAAUGAGGGAGCAUCAAAGUCGUGAACACCACUCGCGCGAGCAUCAGCAAGUAAUAGAGGACUUUGAAGAGUUAGAGCGCAUGGAGGCAAUGUCAGUUUCGGAACACCAGCACCAGCAGCUGCUAUCUAUUACAAAAGAUCCAAAAGAGAUGACAGAACAAGAGCUUCGUCGCCAGAGACUUAUCGAAGCCAAUCGCGAAAUGUCCCGAAUCAAAGAGAACUCUAGACUAGAGCUUGAAAAUCGUCGUAAAAUGCGUGGCGAAAAACGCCAACACAGUCCCGAACUAAUGCAGCUUCCGCACGAUCCAUCAGUUGUCGAGCUAUCAGACGAGAGCAUACACAUAGGCAAUCAAUCGGACAGGAGUAGUCCUAAAAGUAUUCGUUCGCGAGCAUCCGAGGAAGAUAACCAACGCGAUCGUUCGAGUGAUGACUCUUCGAGCUCCAGUUCUACGAGUACUGAUGACGACGAUGAUUCAACAGAUUCGAAAAACUCUGAGGACUCGGAAUACAAUAAUCCUAGUCCACUGUCUGUCGAUCAGCUUGCCAAGUCAGACAGAUCGGGCGCUGAUUCGCCUGGUCAUAUUGAUUCAAAUGGUACCGAUAAGAUAUCAAACAACAACGAAACCAUAGAUGUUCCCGACAAGGAGGUUGAAUUGCCUCCCUACAUUCCAGCAGUUCAGGGUUGUAGAAGCGUUGAAGAGUACAAGUGUCUGAAUCGCAUAGCGGAAGGUACGUAUGGCGUCGUGUACAGAGCCGAAGACAGACGCACAAAAGAAAUAGUAGCUCUAAAACGUUUGAAAAUGGAGAAAGAAAAAGAUGGCUUUCCCAUUACAAGCUUGCGUGAGAUCAAUACUCUGCUGAAGGCUCAGCAUCCCAACAUAGUCACAGUGCGAGAAAUAGUUGUUGGUAGUAAUAUGGACAAGAUAUUUAUUGUCAUGGACUAUGUCGAACACGACUUGAAGUCUCUUAUGGAAACGAUGAAAAUGAAAAAUCGUGUUUUUAUUCCUGGUGAAAUCAAGUGCUUAAUGAAACAGCUACUGGCUGCUGUAGCUCACUUGCACGACAAUUGGAUACUUCACAGGGAUCUUAAGACUUCUAAUUUGCUAUUGAGUCACAGAGGUAUUCUAAAGGUCGGUGAUUUCGGUCUAGCCAGAGAAUAUGGAUCGCCACUGAAGCAGUACACAUCUAUUGUCGUGACGCUUUGGUAUCGCGCACCUGAAUUGUUGCUUGGAGCUAAAGAAUACAGUACGCCAAUCGACAUGUGGUCCGUAGGAUGCAUUUUUGCUGAACUUUUGCGAAUGGAGGCAUUGUUUCCCGGGAAAUCGGAAAUCGAAUUAUUGAAUAGAAUUUUCAAAGAGCUAGGUACACCAAGUGACAGAGUCUGGCCGGGAUACAGCAAACUGCCAAUGGUAAAAAAAAUCCCAUUUGCGCAGUAUCCUGUGAAUAGUAUAAGGCAGCGAUUCGGUUUAUCCUUGUCUGACUUGGGAAUUGAACUGCUAGUAAAAUUCUUGACGUAUGAUCCAGCUCAAAGAAUAACUGCGGAAAAGGCGCUGGAACAUUCCUACUUUUCUGAAUCGCCGUUACCAAUAGAUCCAGCCAUGUUUCCCACGUGGCCGGCGAAAUCAGAAUUUGGUGUGCGGACAGUUAACGCGUCACCAAAGCCACCCAGUGGUGGCAAGGAAUUCAAGGCUUUGAGCGAGGACGAGGAUAAUUCUUCUGGUUUUCACAUGGGCUCGAGAGAGGCUGGUAGACCCGCUGGUGUUGGCUUUCAAUUGAGAUUUUGACAGCAUAGCCUCUGCCAAUGUGUGAUCACGCAAAGUUUUUUUACUUUGAAACGCGUUAACUUUUGUACCGGUUUUAUGUUGUGGCAGAGAACAAAUCGUAGAUGUCUAAGACUGUAUGUAAAUAAAAUAAAUAUUGUAAAUUA